UGGUGGGUCUAUGAUGGCAUGAACAUGUAAACAAAGGGAAACGCACACCACAGGCAUGUGACGUCACGCCUUCUCUCAGAGGGAGAACUACAGUGGAUGCCAGAAGAGCUCAAACCUGCCAGUGAGCAAAGGUAGAUAGAUAGAUGUGUAUAUAUAUAUAUAUAUAUACAUGUAGAGAGAGAGAGAGAGAGAGAGAGAGAGAGAGAGAGAGAGAGAGAGAGAGAGAGAGAGAGAGAGAGAGAGAGAGAGAGAGAAGACUGUUUUGGUGUGUGAGUGUGUAUGUGCCGCACAAAAAGAUUGAGAGAUGGAUGGCACCCAGCGAGGAAGUGGGGGACAGGUGGACUUGGAGAGUAAUACUAAUAUCGGGCGGAGAAGGGAAGCUUUGAAGUCCUCUUUUCUUGUGCAGGCCGAUGCCUUGGGUAGGAAGAAUCUACGUUUGCAGUCAAGGCAAUGGGGAAGCAAUGCCUGCCUUGUGUCGUUCCCGAUAAUGCUGUUCCUCCUUAUCGUUGCUCUUCAGCUCGUUUUCGACAAACUCCUUUUUGGCGGCUCUGAUUUCAAAUGUGGAUGCAGCAAAGAGGGAGUAUGUGGCUUGGAGUACUCCAACACCAACCAGAUUCCCUGGUGCGCCAUCCCUAACCCUUUCCUCAACCCCGCCCUCUUGCAGAUGCCCAACGUUCCAAUCGGCCAGAAGAUAGACCAAUUAACUGCCAUCAUACCGGUGGCAGGUGUCGACCAGAGAGUGGCGGAGGCCAUUGGAAACAGAUUACUGGAAAGGAACGAUGGCCUGGCAGGGGGUACCAGCGGUGUGGUCCCCCCGGGGGUUGACGUUGACGUCAACGACGACCAAGGAGACAGCGGCACUGUGGAUGUCACCAACCCACUGACCGCCAUAUCCGUCCUUCCUCUGCCUGAUAAGGGUGGACUCACGGCAACUGGACGCGUGGCAGCCAUAGCAGGGACCUCGGCCUGGCCGACCCUGGGCGCACCUAUGGUGGAGAUUUUGCUGACGAUGCAAGAGCCGGAAGAUCACCUGUUCAUUCUUAGCAAUCAUUGCAUGCCGUCGCCAAACAACACAUGGCAGCUUGAGACUGUCAAGUUGAAAGCUGAAGUUCUCGGGGAGAUCAGCUUCCUCCGAGGCUCCAGUGGGUCCCUCUCCCUGCCUGUUGGCUGUUAUGAAGCCCGGGCCACUUUCUUUCCAUCCUCAUUUGACCGUGACUUCUUGGAGGGGGUUUAUCCGGAGUUCAGUGGCGAUGAGGGCGGGGCAGGGGGAGGAGAUCACAGCAGCAGCAGGAACAACUUGAAGCGAACCACCGGUUUCUCAACCAGUGUUGAUGCAUUUCUUUACAACCGGUAUGUGGAUGCGAGACCCAAGAAAGCCGAGUUGGCAGAGGGCCAUGUGUACAUUCCAGGUGUCAUUGCGGCCUACGACUUCAAAUCCACGUGCAUAAACCAUCUGGAUCUGCAUGUUUGGCUGAACAGAACCUAUUAUCCAGGGCAAAACAGUGCCCCUGCGUACACUUUGAGGCUGGCUCGAUCUUUCAACCUGGCGAUGAAUGCCUUUGUCUCCUGGUUAACGUCAAUUGAGGGAGGAGAGGAACGAGGGAAAGAAGUCAAUGGCACCCUCCUCCCCCUCCUAUACGUGAAGGAGUUUCCUAAAGUGGGCACAAGUUUGCAGCUUGACGUAAGUGCGUUUGUUGGCCCGUUGUUCUUCACGUGGGUCCUUUCGCUUGUGCUUCCCAUCAUCGUCAGCAAUCUGGUGUACGAGAAGGAAAGGCGGCUGCGAUCCAUGAUGAAGAUGCAUGGCCUUGGAGAUGUGGCAUACUGGUGUAUCUCCUACUUGUACUUCUUCGUGAUCUCUGUGCUGUACAUGCUGUUCUUUGUGGUGAUGGGGCACAUCGUGAGGAUCAAGUUCUUCCUCCUCAACAACACGGCGUUGCUGCUGCUUUUCUUGUUCAUCUUCUUCAAUCAUCAGGUGGCGUUCGGGUUCUGCUGGGCCUCGAUCUUUGGAUCUGUCAAGACAGCCACUGUGUCAUCUUAUCUAUAUGUGUUCGGGUCGGGAUUGCUGGCCAAUUUUCUGUUCCUUCUCUUCCUCGAAGAUCCCCACACGUCUUCAAAAUCCCUCUUCGCAAUGGAGUUGGUGCCAGCAUUUGCGCUCUAUCGAGGGCUGUACGAGUUCGCCGAGUACUCGUUCGUGGCUAAUUACCAAUCAAGUGACGGGAUGAGCUGGGGUAAUCUGUCGGACGAGAAGAAUGGAUUGGUGACUGUGAUGAGAAUAUUAGUGGUGGAGUGGAUCAUCUUGCUGACGCUGGCAUUGUAUCUGGACCAGGUUGUAGACACGGGGGCAGGGGUGCCACAGCAUCCACUCUUCUUCAUCUACUGGGCAAUUGAGAAGUUGGGACAGGUAGUUGGACGAGGAGGAGGAGGACGAAAGACGGCUGCCAUAGCCAACAAACCUGCAGCUUCGGGUCUCUCUCGAAUGUUCUUCUGGCACGGGAAGUCACCAUCGACAACGGCGAGGAACGUUUACGAAGGGGAGGAUAUCAAGGCAGAGAGAGAGGUGGUUAAGGCAGCUCUCCAGGAGGAGGCAAUGGCAACGACCACGACGACCUCCUCCUCCACUGCCACCGCCGCUCUCCAGGAGGAGGCAAUGGCAACGACCACCACCACCUCCUCCUCCACUGCCACCGCCUCUGCCUCUGCUUCUUCACCCGCAAAGACCUCGUCCUCCUAUUCUAUCCUGUGUGACGAUCUUCAGAAGGUAUUCAAGGGCGUAGAUGGCAAUCCGGACAAGUACGCUGUGCGGGGGAUGUCAUUGGCUGUAGGGAGAGGGGAGUGCUUCGGCAUGCUGGGUCCGAACGGGGCUGGGAAAACGACAAGCAUCAGCAUGAUGGUUGGUUUCUUGGAGCCCAGCGCGGGAACUGCUCUCAUCGAAGGUAUGGAUAUCCGAACGGAUAUGCAUUCUAUCCACUCCGUAAUGGGAGUGUGCCCACAGCAUGACCUGCUGUGGGAGAGCUUGACAGGAAGAGAGCACUUGUUCUUCUUCGGACGGUUGAAGAACCUGAAGGGCAAGCAGCUGGACCAGGAGGUUGAAAUGUGGUUGAGGAGGAUGAAUCUCUUCUCAGGGGGAGUGGAGGGCAAGCAGGUGCAAGCUUACAGUGGCGGAAUGAAGAGAAGACUCAGUGUGGCCAUCUCCCUGAUUGGCGAUCCGCUGGUGGUGUACAUGGACGAGCCGAGCACGGGACUUGAUCCCGCCUCGCGAAACAACCUUUGGAAUGUGGUCAAGGCAGCAAAGAAAGGGCGGGCUAUCAUCCUCACCACCCACUCGAUGGAGGAGGCAGAGGUGCUGUGUGAGCGGCUUGGAAUUUUUGUUGACGGACAAUUUGCGUGCAUCGGCAAUCCCAAGGAGUUGACCGCCAGAUAUGGAGGAACCUACGAUCUGACGAUCACAACGCCAGAGGAGGAAGAGGCACAGGCAGAGGCACUCGCGCUCUCUCUGUCCUCCACUUGCAAGAAAGUGUACUCGCUCGCAGGAACGCAGAAGUUCGAACUCCCGACCAAGGGCGUUGACCUGGCAGAUGUAUUCACUGCUGUGGAAAAAGCCAAGGCCAAGAUCAACAUCCAAGCCUGGGGUAUCGCCAACACGACGCUGGAGGACGUAUUCAUCAAAGUGGCGGGAAAAGAAAGGACUCUGUCGUGACAGAGAUAGUGGGUCGCGUGCUGUCCAAGUGGAGUGUGUUGAUUGCCGUGUCCGUGGUGUGGUGUGGUGUGUGUGGUGUGAGUUGAAGGACGCUACAACCCCUGGGGGUAUGCUGGAUAUCACGGCCGGUGUGGAUCCCGAGGGUUGUAGAGGUUAGGAGACUUCGUUUCUGAGGCUGAGAGUGCCGGUUCGAGGCUGGGCGUGCACGGCGGGGCCUUAUGCCCUAAAAGCAUAUUGAUCAGUAACUUCAGACACAAGCAAAGGCUGUCAUCAUUCUUCCAUGAUGAGUCAGUGAAACUCCGACAAAA